AUGGACCAAAACACGCUCGCCGAGGCCCACCCGGCUGGCGGCCACGCCUUCAACGGCGAGAUGCUCCUCCUCGCCGCCAUCAUUACCAUCUUCGUCUUCCUCGUCCUUCUUGUCGCCCUGCACAUCUACGUCCGGUGGUGGCUCCGCCGCGACGCCGCCGCCGCCUCCCAGAGCAUCGACGCCGCCGCCGAGGAGCGCCGCGCCGGAGUAGAUCCGGCAGUGCUGGGCGCGCUCCCGGCCUUCGUCUUCUCCUCCGCCGCCGCGCCGUCGACGGCGGGGAAGGGGCGGCCGCUGCUGGAGUGCGCCGUGUGCCUGUCGGAGUUCGAGGAGAAGGAGAUCGUGCGCCUCCUGCCCGGCUGCGGCCACUCCUUCCACGUCAGCUGCAUCGACGUGUGGUUCCGCUCCCACACCACCUGCCCCCUCUGUCGGUCUCCGGCGGAACCGGUGGCGGAACCGGCCUGCGGGCCAAAUCUGGGCUCGAUCGGGUCGGGAUCCGACGGAAUUUGCGCCGCGUGCUGGCGGGGGGAGUGCGGCGGUGACGCCGGCCCGGCGUCUUCCGGCGGGAGGAGGAAGGCGGUGGACGUGAGGAUAGAGGUGGGCCCGCCGAGGCUGGCUGAGCUGGAGAGCGAGUUGACUCAGUCCUCGCCCGUGGCUCGGCUGCUGUCGUUCAAGAGGCUGCUGAGCAUGGGUAGGAAAUCGCCGCGGGCGGAGAGCAGCGGCUGUGGGGCGGCCGAGGUGGAUUUGGAGGGUGGUCGCGUGGAGGCGAUCCGAGUUCACACGCCAAAGUGA